AUGUUAACACUCUUUUCUCUUCUUAUACAAUUUCCGCUUCUGAUGCAUACAGUUUUGCGGGUUAUGUUAUUGAGUUGUGUUGAUGGAGUUUGUCGGUUGGCUCGCGGUGCGGCUGUUCUGAUCCUCGCGGAAGGAGUACAGAAGUGUGUUGCUGAGGUUAAGGUUGUGAUUGGCGAAGAUGCGAUGUUGAAGGAUCUGGUUCCAAGAUUAUUUUCAAGAUUGUUGCUAAUUUUUGGAGAGUUUUUGUUACUGAAGGUGAUGGGUUAUCUAGAACAAAUGGUUGGUGAUGUAUAUGAAUGUGAAGAGAGGGGUCCUAUGGGAGUUAGAAGGUUUGUGAAGAAAUUCAAAGGGGUUAUUACCGUUGUGGUUUUUUUUGACUGA